UUGCCCUGCUUUUUCCACGUUCAGCGGAACCACUUAUGGACUGUUCGCUGGGUCCUGUGACCUUUGAGGACGUGGCUGUGUACUUUUCACAAGAGGAAUGGAGGCUCAUUGGUGAGGCCCAGAGACUCCUGUACCACGACGUUAUGCUAGAGAACUUCACGCUGGUUGCAUCCCUGGGGUGUUGUCAUACAGCAGAGGAUGAACAGACACCUUCUGAGCAGAAUGUUUCUGUAGAAGUGCCACAGAGAAAUACCAAAAAGACAGACCUGUCCAGCCAGAAGGUCUGUCCCUGGGAGAUGGGUAACCUGGCCUUAGAAGGUGGUUUGUGUGGACCCGAGGUCCUGCGAACAAACCCUGGCCAGACACUGUGUGGGACAGAUGUGAAAUCCCACCAGCACGGUGGAGAGAAGCUCAUGAGAAGAGAUUUGGGUAAGGCCUUAAUGAAGAACUGCACGAUCCAUGCAUUGGAGAAGGCUUUUAUGUGCCAAGAGGCGAGGAAGGAUUUCCCUGGUAGCUCUGGCCAUGUCCAGCACCAGGUUAAACCACAAAUGAUGGAGUUUGUAGCAGAGUUUCACAAUGGAGAAAAGCGUUUCAAGUGCAAUGAAUGUGGGAAACUCUUCUACCGGAAGUCCAGGCUUGCUCAGCACCAUAGAGUCCAUACCGGAGAGAAGCCUUAUGAAUGCAGUGAAUGUGGGAAAGUCUUUAGAUGCAGCUCCAGCCUUGCUAUACAUAGAAGAAUUCACACAGGGGAAAGGCCUUAUGAGUGUAGAGAAUGUGGAAAGUUCUUUAGGCAACACUCCCAGCUUGUUGUGCACCAGAGAAUUCACACUGGAGCCAGACCAUAUGAGUGCAGUGAAUGUGGGAAAACAUUCAGUACUAAAACCAAGCUUGAUCAGCACUGGAGAGUGCACACCAGAGAGAGGCCUUAUGAAUGUGGAGAAUGUGGGAGAACCUACACCUGUAAACGCAUGCUUGAUCAACACCAGAGAGUCCACACUGGAGAGUGGCCUUAUGAGUGCAGUGAAUGUGGGAAAGCCUUUAGGUACUUCUCCAGCCUUUUUAUGCAUAGAAGAAUUCACAGUGGGGAAAGGCCUUAUGAGUGUAGUGAAUGUGGGAAGUCUUUUAGGCAAAAGGCCCACCUUCAAGGCCACCAGAGAAUUCACAGUGGAGCAAAGACUUUUCAGUGCAGUGAAUGUGGGAGAUAUUUUAGCCAAAAGUCUGUUCUUACUAAACACCAGAGAGUCCACACUGAAGAAAGACCUUAUAUGUGUAGUGAAUGUGGAAAAUGCUUUAGGGAUAGAACUAGUCUCAUUAAGCACUUGAAUUUACACUGGAGAAAAGCUACCUAACUGCACUGAAUGUGCAGAAGUCUUAAGCCAAAGCACCUGAAAAGAAAAUUUCACACCACAGAAAGACCUCACAAGUGCAGUACUGUGGAAACUUCUUUUUUUUUUUUUUUUUUUUGUCGAAAGUCUACUCCAAGCACCAGAACCAUCAUGGCCCAGGUAGACCCAAGAGUACAGAGCAUGUAGGAAAGUUUCUGCUGAAGGUCUAACCUCAUCUGUCACCACGAAGUUCAUUGUUGAGAAAGGCCUUCAAAGUAGAGGAAGAGACCAGCAAAUGAGCUGUGUUCUUAAUACAUCUUACUGAACAGGCUCUGUAAGGGAAUCAUCACCUGGAAGUUGAAUGCUAUCCAUCUGCACAGCCCUGGUAUGGAGAUGGCCUAUGGGUCCUGGUUUAUUGGAAGCUUCUAAGAAGCUCAGAUCUACUUCCUAACCAGUGCAGUGGCCUUGCCAGACUUCUGGUCAUUGUGAGUUUCUUCUACCAAGUGAAAGAUCCUCUUAUGGGCGUCAGUCCCCUCAGUGUGAUCAGGGUAGGUAGACCUUUCUGCUCUCCUGUCCCCUGAAGGAAAGCACAUGUAACCGGAGCACUUGAGUGGUGUCAUGCUCUUAGAUCCUAUCACCUGCCUAGGAAAGGAACUAAGCAGCUUUGACCUUGCACAUGCACUCUGGGUUCUGAUAGCUGUUGACAGAGGUUUACUUUCUUUGGCAUUGAGUCAUGUCAUGCUUAUGACAGAUGUUUCUAUCUUCAAGUCACCCUGCUUGACAACUGCUUUCUUCUAAGCAAUUCUCUCUU